CAAAUCCCCGCCAAUCACAAUUCCGGGAGCUGUGAUCAGGACCUAGAACCGUCUUGUUUCUCGACCGGAUCUACCUCGCAACCGGUCACAGGACGCUCAAGAUCUAGCUUCUUUUUCUCUCACAGGAGGAGCGCCAUGCGGUAGCGCUGAGUCGAAUUCUUUCCGUCUGCCCAUCAUGAAUAUCGCACAACCCGUCGGGUCGUCGCUGGAGAGCGUCGAAUUCACUUUCCUCUCGGCCGAUGAGAUUCGUGCAAUUUCCGUCAAGCGCAUCGAGAAUGACAGCACCUUCGACAACCUCCUUAACCCGGUGCCGGGUGGUCUGUAUGACCCGGCCCUCGGGUCCUGGGGUGAUUCUCUAUGCCGAACAUGCAAUCUGAACCAGGCACAGUGUCCCGGCCACCCAGGCCACAUCGAGCUCCCUGUGCCUGUCUAUCAUCCGGUUUUCAUGGACCAAGCCUACCGUUUGCUUCGGGCCCAGUGCGUCUACUGCCACCGAUUCCGGAUGCCGCGCCACGAAAUCCACAGAUACACAUGCCUGUUCCGUCUGCUGCAGGUUGGCCUGCUUCAUGAAGCCCAAAUGGUCGACUCCUUCUCUGCGAGCGAGCUUGGUGAGCAGGUCAAGAAAUUGAGGUUAGCGGAUGUUCCUAGCGUCGAGGAUGACGAAGCCGAGGAGGAGGGCGACAGUUUGCAGGACAGCACCAUGCGCGCCCGGGAAGCGUAUGUGCGGCAGGUGCUGCGGGAGCAUAGACUGAAGAUCAGCAUUGGAGACAUCAGGAAAGGCAAGCAUGAGGGUGCUGCCGAGAUGAGGAGGGCCCUAGUCAAAGAGUUUCUCGCCCAGGUCGUCAAGGAGAAGAGGUGCAGGUCUUGCGAUGGUAUCUCGCCAGUAUACCGGAAAGACCGCUGGGUCAAGAUCUUCGAACGGGACUUGAGUGAGCGCGAGAGGGCCGCAAUGGCGCAAUCAGGAAAGAAGCGAAUCGACGCGUUGGCCCUAACCCAAAAGAAGAAGAAGCACGAAGACUUUGCCGAGGAUGAGGGUAUCGCCGACGUCGAGUCAUCUGGGGAGUCAGCAGGAGAGCAUGAUAGCGAGGGUGAAGGCGAGAAACUGGAUGAGAACGGCGAUGUGAUCAUGACGGAUGCCCCAGCCAAGCCCAAACCGGCCAAGGCCAAGGCCAAGGAGUCCUCAAAACCCGCACAACGGUACCUUAGCACAAUGGAGGUAAAAGGUCGGCUCGAGUUGCUCUUCCAACGGGAGCAAGAGGUACUCUCGUUGCUCUACAACUCAAAACCCCGACCCAGGAAUUCCAAACCCCUCACUGCCGACAUGUUCUUCAUCUCGACACUUCUAGUCCCCCCCAACCGGUAUCGUCCAGAGGCCCGCAUGGGCGACUCUCAAAUUUCCGAGGCUCAGCAAAACAGUCUCUACAAAAUGAUUCUUCGGAGUGCCGCAUCGGUAGCCCAGAUUUCGCGAGAGAUCAGCGGUGAGAGCAAGGAGAGUGCCGCCGGCGAUGGCAGGAGAGCAAGAGAUAUGAGCUCCCUGUACCAAGCGUGGAUGGAGCUUCAGAAUGCCGUGAAUUCUCUGAUGGAUCGGGACAAGAAUCCGGUCCAAGGCGCGGCAGCCAAGCGGAACGAAGAGGGCAUCAAGCAGAAGCUCGAGAAAAAGGAGGGUCUGUUCCGGAAGAAUAUGAUGGGCAAGCGUGUCAACUACGCCGCCAGAAGUGUCAUCUCUCCCGAUCCGAACAUCGAGACUAACGAGAUUGGUGUUCCUCCCGUUUUCGCCAGGAAGCUCACAUAUCCUGAACCGGUGACCAGUCACAACUUCAAGGAUCUUCAACAAGCUGUAAUCAACGGUGUUGACAAAUGGCCCGGUGCCUCGGCUAUCGAAAAUGAAAACGGUCAGAUCGUGAACCUCCGGACAAAGUCUCUCGAAGACCGUGUAUCUCUGGCAAACCAACUCCUGGCUCCAACGGGAAAUAACUUCAGCGGGUUGCGGAACAAGAAGGUUCAUCGACAUUUGACUAAUGGUGACGUGGUUCUGAUGAAUCGGCAACCGACGCUGCACAAGCCCUCGAUCAUGGGUCACCGAGUCCGAGUCUUGCCGGGGGAGAAGACGAUCCGCAUGCAUUACGCAAACUGUAACACCUACAACGCAGACUUCGACGGCGACGAGAUGAACAUGCACUUCCCCCAAAACGAAAUUGCUCGCGCUGAAGCGCUUCAGUUGGCCGAUACUGAUCACCAAUACAUAUCUGGGACGGCGGGAAAUCCUCUCCGCGGUCUUAUCCAGGACCAUUUGUCCGUUUCCGUGGCUCUCUGCAGCAAAGACGCCUUCUUUGAGCGGGAUGCCUACCAGCAACUUAUUUACAGUGCUCUUCGUCCAGAGAGCGGACACAUCACGGGCGAGAGGAUAGAGCUUGUUCCUCCCGCGAUUAUCAAACCCGUGUGUCGCUGGACGGGGAAACAGGUUAUCACCACGAUUCUCAAAAACAUCAGGCCGGCGAACUGCGGCGAUUUGUGGAUGAACGGAUCGUCUAAGAUCAAGGGCCGCAGCUGGGGUGAGGACUCAGAGGAAGGUCAGGUCAUGUUCCGCGACGGCGAGUUCAUCAGUGGCAUCCUGGACAAGUCACAGUUGGGUUCAAGCGACGGCGGCUUUAUUCAUGCCGUGCACGAAGUCUAUGGCCCGUCGAUUGCAGGCAAGUUACUCAGCAGCAUGGGCCGGCUUCUAACUCGGUACCUUGCCAUGAUUGCCUUCACCUGCGGUAUGGACGAUCUCCGCCUGACACCAGAAGGAGAGAGAAACCGAAAGGACACAAUCAAGGCGGCCUCGCAUAUUGGCCUGGCAGUGGCAGCCAAAUAUGUCUCGCUUGAUGAGCAGAAGCCGGGCAAGGAUGAUCCUUUGCUAUUGGAACGUCUAGAAGAAGUGCUCAGGGACGACAAGAAGCAAGAGGGCCUCGAGCUGCUCACGAGUCAGGAGUGCGCUAAGCUCUCAACCGAAAUCACCAGAUUGUGCCUACCUGCCGGCCUCGAGAAGCCUUUCCCGAAGAACCACAUGCAGUCUAUGACCACAUCGGGUGCCAAGGGAACUCCCGUCAACGCCAAUCUUAUCUCCUGCAAUUUGGGCCAGCAGACCCUAGAAGGUCGUCGAGUCCCGGUUAUGGUGAGCGGAAAGACUCUGCCGAGUUUCAAGCCUUUCGACACCGAUGUGAGGGCUGGCGGUUACAUUGUCCAGCGCUUCCUGACGGGUAUCCGACCCCAGGAAUACUAUUUCCAUCACAUGGCUGGCCGUGAAGGUUUAAUUGAUACGGCCGUCAAGACAUCACGUUCUGGUUACCUCCAAAGAUGCCUAAUCAAGGGCAUGGAGGGUCUGAAAGUCGCCUACGAUACGUCUGUACGGGACGCCGAUGGUACGGUAGUGCAGUUUCUGUUCGGAGAAGACGGCAUCGACAUCUCCAAGCAAAAGUAUUUAAAUGACUUUGAGUUUGUUCUCCGCAACCUGGACUCGCAGCUGCCACAGAUUCGCUACUACGAACCAGGGACGCAGGCCCUGUUUGAGCACAAGGACGAGGUCAUAAAGCGGAUGAAGAGCGCCAUCCGCUCCAGUGCCAGCCGCAAUGCCCUGGACCCGGUAUCUUCGGAGUUAAACCCUACCGUCUUCGCCUUCGCGACGUCUGAGAAGUUUUUCAGCAAGUUAACAGACUAUGUCAAGACUAAUAAGGACGGGCUGAUCAAAGAGAAGAAGGGAUCAGAAAACCAGAAGGGUCAGAUUGCCCGCAAAACAGCUGAGAAGAUUCUGGCCGCGAAGUAUAUCCGGUCCCUAGUCGAGCCCGGUGAGGCUGUUGGGAUUGUUGCUGGUCAAUCGGUGGGAGAGCCAUCAACGCAGAUGACCCUUAACACGUUCCAUUUGGCAGGGCACUCUGCGAAGAACGUUACACUCGGUAUUCCUCGACUCCGCGAAAUUCUCAUGACCGCCAGUGCCAAGAUAUCGACGCCUUCGAUGACACUCGUGCUCAACGAGGAGCUUUCGGAGCACGAUGGAGAGCGGUUUGCCAAGUCUAUUAGCGUCCUCCCGCUCGCUCAUGUUACGAAGGAAGCUGUCGUUCAGGAGCGGGUCGGCCGCGGCAUCGGUUUCGCGCUGGCAAAGAUGUUUGAGAUCAGGCUGCGCUUUUUCCCGGCGGAAGAGUACAUGAAGAUGUAUGCUAUUGACAUCGCUGAUGUCCUCAACACCGUGGAGAAGAAGUUUAUUCCCUUGCUCGGCACACUUGUUCGGAAGGAGAUCAAGAAGAAACUCAAGGAAACCAGCGCUGCAACUCCCGAAAUCGGCGUCAAAGCGGGAGUUGUGGAAAUGGCGCCCAGCGACGGGGAGCGUAUCGGGGGUGAAGGUGGUGAUGACGACGACGACGACGACGGAGACGACGACGCCACAAAUGCUAAGCAGAGGGCCAACCGGAGUGAGGCGGUUUCGUACGGCCCGAAUGAUGACGAUGAUGAUGCCAUUCAGAGGCAACUACAGCGCGAGAGCGAGGACAUCGAAGAGGGCGAGGAGAGGCUCAACUUUGUCGACGAGGCAUAUGGCGGAAGCCCAGAGCCCGAGGAUGAUCUGGGAGACAAGACAGACGAGGCUCGGUCCAGCUCGCGCGAAGCACGCAUUAAGAUGCAGAACGAUCAUGUGGCGCGCUUCCGGUGCGACGAAGUCGGCGGCGAGUGGGUCCAAUUCACUGUCGAAUACGACGCGUCGAUCCCCAAGAUCCUCAUGCUCAGCCUGGUGCAGGAGGCGGUAAAGAAGUCGGUCAUCCAGCAGAUCAGCCGGAUUGGGAGUGCGACAUUUGAGGCGGUGAAGAAGGAUGACCCAGUCACGGGGCAGAAGCACAUCACGGCCAUGCUGGUACAUACCAAUGGCGCCAACCUCCGGGCCAUGCAGCAGUACGGCGAUUACAUCAAUCCUAACAAGAUCUCGACCAACGACAUUGCCCAAGUGCUCGAGGUGUACGGCGUCGAAGCUUGCCGGAGCAACAUUGUCUUGGAGCUCAGCAACGUCUUCAGCUCCCACGGCAUCGCGGUGGACUUGCGCCACCUGAACCUGAUUGCCGAUUACAUGACAAGGAACGGCGGCUUUACGCCCUUCAACCGGAUAGGUUUGACUGGCAACGUCAGUCCCUUCACCAAGAUGAGCUAUGAAACGACGGUUGGCUUCCUGAAGGAUGCUGUCCUCGACGGCGACUGGGACAGCCUCGCGACGCCGUCAAGCAGGCUGGUGGUUGGAAAGCUCGGGACGGUCGGCACGGGCUCGUUUGAUGUCCUCACUCGUGUGCCGACCGAGCACAGAGUCAGUGCGUUUUAGGCGGCGGAUAGACACUACUAUGCGCGGGCCGUGGCUACAGCUUUUUUGUUUAUUUUGUGUUGAGCAAUGAGACAGAUUAGAAACGGGGUACAGAAAGAGCGAGGGCACUGCAUGUAAGACAGCUAACACUCAAUUCUGUUGAGCAUGUAGAAUCUUUUGAGCAUGUAAAACUAUCAUCGGGGUAAAUGAGACAGAGUUGUUGGUUCGUGUUUACUGCCUGGC